UAGAUCUAUCAUCUAGCUUAGACUUAGUAGCUAGUUGGCUAAUUAGGCUUAGUCAAGUUAUUUUUUAUCUAAUUACUUAUUUAUACUUUAUUUUUUUAUAUAGAAUUAUAGAUCUAGUGAUAGUCAGUGACUCAGGAUGAUGAUGUCGUUGAACUUGAAGCUAUUUAUUAUCAUCAUAGAUCUACUUAUUAUUAUAGUUUCAUUAAAAUCUACAUGUGCAAAUGGAAAUUCUGCCUGGCCCAACCGAGCUUCUGACUCUGACCAUGGCAACUAUUAUGAAAAACGUUAUGAACCCAACUGGAAAUCAAUUGAUUCUAGGCCUAUUCCUCAGUGGUAUGAUGAUGCCAAAAUAGGAAUUUUUCUGCAUUGGGGUGUGUUUUCUGUGCCCAGUUAUGCUGGAGCAUGGUUUUGGUAUUGGUGGCAAGGACCUGAGCCAAGACCUGAAAUAAUAGAGUUUAUGAAAAAAAAUUAUCCACCAGGAUUCACGUACGCAGACUUUGCACCGAUGUUUACUGCUGAAUUUUACAACCCAGAUGUGUGGGCAGAUAUUUUCAAAUCUUCUGGUGCCAAGUACAUUGUGCUGACAACUAAACACCAUGAAGGGUUCUGUAAUUGGCCUACUAACCACUCUUUUAAUUGGAAUGCUAUGGAUGUUGGACCCAGAAGAGAUCUAGUUGGCGAUCUUGCAGUUGCCGUUAGAAAGAGGGGAUUACGAUUUGGUGCCUACCACUCUCUGUUUGAAUGGUUUCAUCCACUUUAUUUGCAAGAUAAGGCCAACAAUUUCACCACUCAAAAUUUUGUUAGGACCAAAACCCUACCAGAAUUGUAUGAACUUGUCAAUACAUAUAAACCUGACAUUAUCUGGUCUGAUGGACCAGAUGGCCCAGAUACUUACUGGAAUGCAACACAAUUCAUAGCUUGGCUCUACAAUGAAAGCCCAGUGAAAGAUGAAGUAGUGACCAAUGACAGGUGGGGAAACAAUGGCAUUAUGUGCCAUCAUGGUGGCUAUUAUACUUGUGAUGAUCACUAUAACCCAAAAAGCCUCCAGAAACAUAAGUUUGAAGACCCAACUACCAUGGACAAAAAGGGCUGGGAGUAUAGAAGGGAUCUACAACUGAGUGAUAUACAGACCAUGGAGGAAGUUGUUGCUUUGAUUGCACAAGUAGUCAGCUGUGGUGGCAAUUUGUUGAUUAAUGUGGGACCCACAAAAGAAGGAACAAUUGUUCCAAUAUUUGAAGAGAGAUUACGACAGAUGGGAGAGUGGCUAGCAGUCAAUGGUGAAGCAAUCUAUGCCUCUAAGCCUUGGAGUCAUCAGAAUGAUUCCUAUAAUCCUGAUGUUUGGUAUACAUCAAAGAAAGCAGAAAAUGGAUAUGAUGUUUUUGCCAUAGUCCUCAAAUGGCCAACUACAUCUAAAUUGUUGCUAGCUGACCCUGUACCAUCAGAAGAUACUGUAAUCACUUUGUUGGGAUCCUCUAUUCCAUUCAAAUGGGCACACUCAGCUGAUGGUUUGGAGAUAAAUGUUCCUGCUAUUCCUGUGAAUAAAAUGCCAUGUAAAUGGGCCUGGACUUUCAAAUUAACUAAGAUUACAAACUAAUAAGACCUAAAAUGUUCUUUUAGUAUAAACUCUCCACACAUUAUAUUCAGUACUUUCAAUUAAUUUUCAUGGGAUCAGUUAAAUCAUUGAAGACUUAACUAUUUUCUACGGGGAGGGAGGGGUAGAUACAAGUUUUUGACACAUGCUUAGUUGUCUAAUGCUUUACUGUUUCGGAUGUGCCUUUAGAUUUGAAUAUAAUUACAUCAUAGCCUGGGGACAAUCAAGACCACCGAAUGACAGUCCAAAGUGCACACCACACAACCAGGCUGAAUGACAUCAUUAUGCACUUUGGGGGGACAGCAAGGCAUCAUAAAGCAGGCGUAGCCCAUGAACUGUAAUUUGGUAUAAUGACUCUGCUAAAUCUAUUGACAUAAAAAAAAAGUAACUAAAUA